AACGAAAAAGUUUAUUUAACGGAUGUAUCGCGUUCGUUUGGAUUUGUCACAAACCUGAGUUUUUAACAAGAAAAUCAGUGUACAUACAUACAUGUAUACACAUACACAAAGUUGAAGGAAAGAAGUUGAUUUAAUUAAUUUGGCUAUGGGAAAUUUUACUCCUGCAACAGAAAUUUUCAUGCACGAAAAGUUAAUAAAUAUCAAUUCAGUGUAUUCGUACAUAAAUCGAGUUGAAAUGUACAAUCUAUUGGAAGUGCAAAGCCGUCAAAUAUACUUAGCCUGAGAUUUUUUUACGACAACGACGACCACUACGACUACUACUUUGUGGUGUGUGACUCCUGAUGUGGUGCGUACACGAAAUUAACGAGAAGGCAGAGUCAGGCACAGCGGCGCUCACACAAAUGGGUAGAAACCCGAAAAUGGAAAAAAGUGUGAAGUGAAAGGUGCAAAAUUUUUGUGAAAAAUGCUAUGUGUUACUACAAAUAUUCAGCUCUGCAUAAAUAACGGUUCGUGAAAAAUGAAAAACCAAUUGUAAAAGUGUGAAUUGGUAGUGAAUUUUUAAGAAAAAGCAAAAUGUAUAUAUUCGGCCGAAAUUGUGUUUGGUGCUUGUGAAAAAAUUUGGAGUACAUAUUUGGAGGAAAAAGGAUAUUUGGCGUAGCAUAAAUUGGAGAACUAAUGCACCUUUACUGCUGGCACUGAGACUGAGGCUGAGGCUCAAGCUGGGGAUUAUAAAGGAGGAAGAAGCAGCACAACUAACUAAAACAGCUGCCGCAUAGCAAACUGCAAUAACGCAUACUGGGCAAAUGAACAGUGAAAUCCACAACAGCAAUAGCAACAAUAACAAGGAGCAUAGCAGCAGCAGCAGCAACAAGAACAGCAACAGCGCGCGUGCAUUUAUUAUUAUCUGCUCGCAUUGAAUUACAAUACAAAUGUACAUCCGCUACCUACAGGUCGGCAAUCUGUAGCUUUAUAGUGUGCGCAGCACGUCGACCUUUUUCCUUUCAUUUCGCUCAUUUUGGAAAAGUGUAUUCCUUUGCUUUAUAAUACAAAUACUUUGCGAACCAAAGUGGUUGGUUGUUGCUUGUCUUUUGCGCCUACCGCCGACGGCGAGGAAAUUAUCAACCACCACCAAAUGCAGCAGCUAUCCAGCUUAGUGUGUUGGUGUUGGUGUUUUUUUUUGGUGCACAUCAAUAACAUCAAUUGUGUGUUUGCGUUUCGGCGUUCGUAACGCUUUUGUGGCAGUGUUCAUUGCGUUCCAACACAGCAAGGACGGACGGCACGUAUCGCAAACCAGUGGUUAGCGGUGCGGAUCGCGCGACAAAAAUAAUGUUGUUUAACGACGAAAAAAAUGGCACAAAAGCAUACAGUAAAUAAGAAAAAAACACAAAGAAGCGCAAAAUAAAUAAUUAGGAAACAAAAGCACGAAAUAAAAAAAUAAAAAAAGUAAGUAACGAAAAACGAAAAUUGCUCGCGCGUGAGAAUGUGAAAAUGGCACAACUGUUUCGUUGUGGCCAGCAACAAGAAAAAAAAUCCAAAACAAUUGCUCGCGUGAAAAUAACGAGAACAUUUCCACAUGCGGAAAUUAUGUGAUUAAUUUUAAAAAGAAAAAAUGUGCUAAGCUACUAUUUGAAAAAAGAAAACGAAAUAAUAAGAAUAAAAUGUGCGCGAAAAAAGUUUAGUUCCAAAUUUAAUAAAUAAAAAACGGGCUCGACGCCAUAGCUUGCCACAAAAUAAAAACCAAAGCCACAAACCUUGCCUGCACAAGGGAUUGAAUUGAACGUUUAACAAAAACAAAAAAUAUCACACACACACACACACUAAAAAAAAAACAAAGUAAAAUAAACGCUCUGUAGCAUUCACCUGAAUUAACGCAACAGCAAAAAGUAAAAUAUAAAAAAAAAGAAGAAUUACACAUUAAAAAUCAUUACACCACACCAAUAAGCAAGCGCCUCACACACGCACACGUACACAUUCCCUCGCGCUAUUUUAAUGUGCGGAAAUGACGCACCUGCAACCCCAACGUCGCUUCUACUCCCCAAUGCGAUUUAAAGGAGGUGGUGGUGGUGGCAGCAUAAGCGCAGCAAGUGUCAGAUAUACUCAAGCAGAUGGCAGCAACAGUGAAAGUGCAGCUGACGGUGUAGAAACAGUGUUUAACACUGACGCUCGCACUGCGGCUGUUGCGCUCGAUUGCUGUAGUGGCGGUGAUGGUGGUGGUGGUGGUGUUGUAAGUGCGGCGCACUGCCACACUCCCCAAACAUCCCACCAAACAACCAACGCAUGUUCAUCAACUCACACACGCGCCAGCAUUCGCCCCAACCUCAGCGCACUCAUUCCACCCAUUCCUCAACGUCGCCUCUGUUGGCUCUUUUGUGUACAUUUGCUCCUUCUCCUGCUGCUGCUUGCCUGCGGUGAUUUUCUUCAGGUUGCCGCCGAACCAUAUGGUGGCUCUUCGGUGGGCAUUCACAUACCCGGCGGCAGUUUGGGCGUGAUCAGUGAAUCACGUUGUCCGCGUGUGUGUUCGUGUAAUGGCCUAACUGUGGAUUGUUCGCAUCGUGGUUUAACUCAAGUGCCGAGGAAAAUAUCAGCGGAUGUGGAGAGACUCGAUUUGCAAGGCAAUAAUAUUACUGUCAUUUUCGAAUCUGACUUUCAACGUUUAACGAAACUACGAAUACUCCAACUAACGGAUAACCAAGUACACACAAUUGAAAAGGGCGCUUUCCAGGAUCUGGUGUCACUGGAGCGACUGCGCCUUAACAACAAUCUGCUAAAGGCGAUACCUGAAAAUCUAGUGUCAAGUUCAGCGAGUCUUUUGCGAUUGGACAUCUCGCACAAUAUCAUUACGACAGUGGGACGACGCGUCUUCAAAGGCGCACAAUCCUUGCGCAGUUUGCAGUUGGACAAUAAUCAAAUCACUUGUAUGGAUGAGCAUGCGUUUAAGGGCCUUAUAGACUUGGAAAUUCUUACUCUAAACAACAACAAUUUGACUUCGCUUCCGCAUAAUGCCUUCAACGGCUUGAAUCGAUUGCGUGCUCUACGUCUAUCCGAUAAUCCCUUCUCAUGUGACUGUCAUUUAUCGUGGCUUUCGCGCUUCUUGCGUAGCGCACCCAGACUUGCGCCAUAUACACGCUGUCAGUCGCCGUCUCAGCUGAAGGGUCAAAAUGUGGCAGAUCUGCAUGAUCAGGAAUUCAAGUGUUCAGGUCUCACCGAGAAUGCGCCAAUGGAAUGUGGCAUGGAGAAUAGCUGCCCACAUCCGUGCCGUUGUGCCGAUGGCAUAGUCGAUUGUCGCGAGAAAAGUCUCACCAGUGUACCUGUGUCGCUGCCAGAUGAUACGACGGAACUCCGCUUGGAGCAGAAUUUCAUUACUGAAUUGCCGCCAAAAGCAUUUGCAAACUUCCGUCGCCUGCGUCGCAUUGAUCUGUCGAACAAUAACAUUUCGCGUAUUGCCCACGACGCUUUGGCUGGCCUAAAAGCGCUCACCACACUCGUGCUCUAUGGCAAUAAAAUAAAGGAUUUGCCCUCAGGCGUAUUUAAAGGACUUACAUCACUGCAACUUCUCCUGUUGAAUGCCAAUGAAAUCUCCUGCAUACGCAAGGAUGCCUUUCGCGAUCUGCACAGUCUCAGCCUGCUUUCGCUCUACGAUAACAACAUUCAAUCGCUGGCUAAUGGCACCUUCGAUGCGAUGAAGAGCAUACAAACACUGCAUCUGGCAAAGAAUCCCUUCAUUUGUGACUGCAAUCUUCGCUGGCUGGCUGAUUACUUGCACAAAAACCCCAUCGAGACAAGUGGCGCACGCUGCGAAGCCCCAAAGCGAAUGCAUCGGCGACGCAUUGAGUCGUUGCGUGAGGAGAAAUUCAAAUGCUCUUGGGACGAUAUGCGUAUUAAAUUGUCGAGCGAAUGUCGCGCUGAUGUCGAUUGCCCGGCAAUGUGUCAAUGCGAUGGCACUUCAAUUGAUUGCUCAGGUCGUGGCCUCAAAGAAAUUCCACGCGAUAUACCGCUACACACCACUGAACUCCUUUUGAACGACAAUGAGCUGGGGCGCAUCAAAUCGGAUGGUCUCUUUGGACGUCUGCCACAUCUGGUUAAACUCGAUUUGCGACGCAAUCACAUAACCGGCAUUGAACCGAAUGCAUUUGAGGGUGCAAAUCGUAUACAGGAAAUGAUUUUGGCAGAAAAUAAAAUUAGAGAGGUUUCGAAUAAAAUGUUUUUGGGAUUGCAUCAAUUGAAGACACUGAAUCUUUACAACAAUCAAAUUUCUUGUGUGAUGCCCGGUUCGUUUGAAUUCCUGUCAUCGCUCACCUCACUAAACUUGGCUGCCAAUCCAUUCAAUUGCAACUGUCAUUUGGCCUGGUUUUCCGAGUGGCUACGAAAGAAGGGUUUGGUCGGCGGUGCGGCACGUUGUGCUGCCCCAUCGAAAGUACGUGAUAUGCAAAUUAAGGAUCUGCCACAUAACGAGUUCAAAUGUACAUCCGACAACAAUGAAGGCUGUUUGGGCGAUGGCUAUUGUCCGCCCGCCUGCACUUGCACCGGCACCGUAGUACGUUGUUCGCGCAAUCAAUUAAAAGAGAUACCACGUGGCAUACCGGCGGAAACGUCAGAAUUAUAUCUAGAAUCGAAUGAAAUAACAAUGAUACAUUUGGAUCGGAUACGACAUUUGAAAUCCUUGACGAGAUUGGAUUUGAGCAACAAUCAAAUCACGUUCCUCUCUAAUUACACCUUUGCCAACCUGACGAACCUGUCAACGCUCAUCAUAUCCUACAACAAUUUGCAAUGUCUACAACGUUACGCCCUAGCUGGCCUACAGAAUCUGCGCGUACUCUCACUGCAUGGCAAUCGCAUAUCGAUGCUGCCGGAGGGUACAUUUGAAGACAUGAAAUCACUAACGCACAUUGCCCUAGGCAGCAAUCCACUUUACUGCGAUUGCGCACUCAAAUGGUUCUCGGAUUGGAUCAAACUGGACUAUGUAGAGCCGGGUAUAGCGCGUUGCGCCGAACCCGAUUAUAUGAAGGACAAAUUGAUACUCUCAACACCCUCACACAACUUUGUAUGCAAAAGCAAAGUUAGCAAUGAGAUUAUGGCGAAAUGUGACGCCUGUUAUACGCAUCCUUGUGAAAAUAAGGCGCAAUGCAUACCGCUGCCACAACGCGACUACCAAUGCCUCUGCCAGCCGGGCUAUCACGGCAAGCAUUGCGAAUUCAUGAUCGAUGCCUGCUAUGGCAAUCCUUGCCGCAACAACGCCACCUGCACUGUGCUCGAGGAGGGACGUUUCAGCUGCCAGUGUGCGCCUGGCUACACAGGAGCGCGUUGUGAAACGAACAUUGACGAUUGCUUGGGUGAGACUAAAUGCCAGAAUAAUGCCACCUGUGUGGAUGGCGUAGAAUCGUACACGUGUGAAUGUCAGCCGGGGUUUACAGGUCAAUACUGCGACACAAAGAUCAACUUUUGCAGUGAUGAAUUUAAUCCUUGCGCAAACGGCGCCAAAUGUCACGAUCACUUUACACACUACACUUGCGAGUGCAUGGCCGGCUUCCAAGGCAUUAAUUGCACGCAAAACAUUGACGAUUGCCAGAAUCACAUAUGCCAAAAUGGCGGCACCUGCAUAGAUGGCAUCAAUGAUUAUGUGUGCAAAUGUCCAGAUGAUUUCACGGGCAAAUAUUGUGAGGGCCACAAUAUGGUCUCGAUGAUGUAUCCGCAGACAUCACCUUGUCAAAAUCAUGAAUGCAAACAUGGCGUUUGCUUCCAGCCGAAUCCGUCUGGCUCGGAUUACUUGUGUAAAUGUCAUCCGGGCUACACGGGCAAGUGGUGCGAGUACUUGACGAGCAUUAGCUUUGUGCAUAACAAUUCCUUUGUGGAGAUGGAGCCAUUACGUACCAAACCAGAUGCCAAUGUAACGAUCGUAUUUAGUACUUCAGAGCAAAAUGGCAUACUUAUGUAUGACGGCCAGGAUGCGCAUAUAGCUGUCGAGCUUUUCAAUGGACGCAUACGUGUAAGCUAUGACGUGGGCAAUUACCCGGUUUCCACAAUGUACAGCUUCGAAAUGGUUGCCGAUGGUAAAUAUCAUUGUGUAGAACUGUUGGCUAUUAAGAAGAAUUUUACGCUGCGCGUCGAUCGCGGUCUUGCAAGAUCGAUCAUAAACGAAGGCUCUAAUGAUUUUCUCAAAUUGACCACACCAAUGUUUUUGGGCGGCUUGCCGCCGGAACCGGGCCAGCAAGCGUAUAAGAAUUGGCAAAUACGUAACUUGACCAGCUUCAAGGGCUGCAUGAAGGAGGUGUGGAUAAAUCACAAGCUGGUUGACUUCGAGAAUGCGGCAAGGCAGCAGAAAAUCACACCUGGUUGUGCAUUGGUCGACGGUGAAGCUGUGGAGGAUGAUGAGCAAGAUUUUAUGGAUGAAACGCCGCACAUUAAAGAGGUGGAUCCUUGUGAAAAUCACAAAUGUCGCCGUGGCAGCCGCUGUGUUCCUAAUUCCACUUACCGUGAUGGCUACCAAUGCAAAUGCAAGCAGGGCCAGAAGGGCCGUUACUGCGAACAAGGUGAGGGCACAACAGAGCCCGCAUCAAUAACUGUGACCUCCACUUGCCGAAAGGAACAGGUACGAGAAUAUUAUACCGAAAAUGAUUGUCGCUCACGACAGCCCCUCAAAUAUGCGAAAUGUGUGGGCGGUUGCGGAAAUCAGUGCUGCGCAGCGAAAAUUGUACGGAGACGAAAGGUCCGUAUGGUGUGCAGCAAUAAUCGCAAAUAUAUAAAGAAUUUAGAUAUCGUGCGUAAAUGUGGAUGUACAAAGAAAUGCUACUGACUGGAAGAUGCGACUACCCAAAUGCAC